AUUGUUCAGUUCAAGGUAAUGAAGAAUUGAGAAUAAUUUUGGUUAAGUGGAUUCCAAUAUGGGGAAUAAGAAUAACCUGAACAGUUGACCUGCUGUGAAGAAACGUAAUUUCCAUUUACCUAAAAUAAUCUGUAACAACCAAACCAAUCAAAAUGAAUUCAACAUUAUUUUCCCAGAUUGAAAAUCAUUCAGUCCACUAUAAUUUUUCAGAGAAGAAUUCCCAGUUUUUGGCUUUUGAAACUGAGGAUUGUCAUCUGCCCUUGGCCAUGAUAUUUACAUUAGCUCUUGCUUACGGAGCUGUGAUCAUUCUUGGUGUCUCUGGAAACCUGGCCUUGAUCAUAAUCAUCUUGAAACAAAAGGAGAUGAGAAAUGUCACCAACAUCCUGAUUGUGAACCUUUCCUUCUCAGACCUGCUUGUCGCCAUCAUGUGUCUCCCCUUCACAUUUGUCUACACCUUAAUGGACCACUGGGUCUUUGGUGAGGCAAUGUGCAAGUUGAAUCCUUUUGUGCAAUGUGUUUCAAUCACUGUGUCCAUUUUCUCUCUGGUUCUCAUUGCUGUGGAACGACAUCAGCUGAUAAUCAACCCACGAGGGUGGCGACCAAAUAAUAGACAUGCCUACAUAGGUAUUGCUGUGAUCUGGGUCCUUGCUGUGGCUUCUUCUCUGCCUUUCCUCAUCUACCAAGAAUUGACUGACGAACCGUUCCAAAAUGUGACACUUGACGCGUUCAAGGACAAGUACGUGUGCUUUGAUAAAUUCCCGUCGGACUCUCACAGGUUGUCUUAUACCACACUGCUCUUGGUGCUGCAGUAUUUUGGUCCACUCUGUUUUAUAUUUAUUUGCUACUUCAAGAUAUAUAUACGCUUAAAAAGGAGAAACAACAUGAUGGACAGGAUGAGAGACAGUAAGUACAGGUCCAGUGAGACCAAAAGAAUCAACAUCAUGCUGCUCUCCAUCGUGGUAGCCUUCGCGGUUUGCUGGCUCCCUCUUACCAUCUUCAACACCGUAUUUGAUUGGAAUCAUCAGAUCAUUGCUACGUGUAACCACAAUCUGUUAUUCCUGCUCUGCCACCUGACAGCUAUGAUAUCCACCUGUGUCAACCCCAUAUUUUAUGGCUUUCUGAACAAAAACUUCCAGAGAGACCUACAUUUCUUCUUCAACUUCUGUGAUUUCCGGUCUCGGGACGAUGACUAUGAGACAAUAGCCAUGUCCACCAUGCACACAGAUGUUUCUAAGACUUCUUUGAAGCAAGCAAGCCCAGUUGCAUUUAAAAAAAUUAACAGUGAUGACAACGAAAAAGUCUAAAACUGCUGUAGAAUACGGUCUCAGAUGUUUAAAAAUAAGCACAGCCUACAGCAGACUUUUAUCACCCAUUCUCCUAAGGAAUGGGGUUGAAAUCAUUUGAGAAAGACCAGGGUUUUCUUGUCUUGCUUUAUCCUGCUUUUGUGUCAUAAUUACAUUUGGAACAAAAUAUACAUGUUUUGGCAUCUUGUAGUGAUAGUUUUGACAAGAUAUCCUUGAAGUGCUUUUCAUGAACUUAUAAAGACUUUUAUACCAUAUUUAUUGGAAUGAAAUUUCUUCAAAGUAUUGCUACUAACUGAUUCAGAAGCACUAGCCACCUGAUGCUCUCAUUAGAUUGGGCAGUCCUUACUAGUUUAGAUUGUCAAUAGAUUGGGCCAUCCUCAUUUUAUGAUAGGCAUCUGAGCAUACUCUUGCAGAGGUGACAGUAUGCAAAAGCAGCAUUCAGGAUCAGGAUGUGGAGCCAAAGGACAUUCAGAUGGGAUUUGCCUUUUACUUGGCUCCAAUUGAUUAUUAUUUAAAUUAAGAUUAAAAAUGUAUCAAUAAUGUUUGCUCAGCUGUGAAUAUCAUGGGGAACUGGGCCACCCACGAGACUUAAGAGAGAAAGCAGUUCUCUAAUUUUAAAACUAUUUUAGUACCUGACAACCAAAGCGUCUCAAUGUAAGUAAGUUAGUAUGCUGCAAACAGUUGAAUUAUAUUCAUUUGAAUUGGUGGUCAAGAGAUUUUUCCAUUCUUUACAGACUGAUCAGUGUUUGUCCAACUUUUUGGCAUAAACAUGUAAUUCAAAAGGCAUUUCCAGCUUUUCCAGCUUAUAGUAUAUAGAAACUCACACUGUCUUUUCCAUACAGCAGUGCCAAAUACAGUAACUCAUUUUUAACUUUCAGUGUCUAUCUUUCAAAGCUAUUGACACCAAAGUAUAGUACAGUGUUAAAAGGAAGCUCACUUCAGCUAGUGGGGAAAAACACCCCCAAACCAAGGACACUUUAGCCCAUGUUAACUCGUGUAAUCUGUGUGACUUACGGUGUCCUAUUAAUAACUCACUGUAUAGAGUACAGAAUAAUUAUGUCAUGUUAAUAUGCCGAAUUCCACGUAUCUUGUGAUCAUGCGUGAGCCUCAGAAUCAUUUUGACAAAUGAUAUUUUAAAGAACAAGACACACUUUCAGUGUAUUGCAUAAAGUAUUCAAUAUGUUUGAUUUCAGA